UAAAUAACUAACUUAAAAUGCAUUCAAAGUUUCAUAUUAUGAAAGUUAUGUAAAAUAACAAAAAAAUUGUGUUCAAAAUUAUUCAUUUUUUUGUUUUAACUUUUUGGAUUCAUUAUAUUUGUAAUAAAUUUAUUUUAUUUCAAAGUAGUUGCUGGUAAUCGUGAUUAUUUAACAAUAAAAAAUGUCACGAAUUACUAUCGCUGGUGAUCCUACAGUACAUGAAUAUAUAAACAGGAAUGCAGAAACAGAUAAUAUGCAUCCUGCAAUAUUAAGAUCAGAAAUUGAAGCAAGACCUCUAAGACCCAGAACAUAUGUUCCUAAUUCAUUGCCUCUUACCAAUACUGCUGCUCCUAGAGGUUAUACACCAAGUCCUACUCAAAAUGGUGAAAUUCCACAUCAAAAAUUUCCUUCAUCUAAAAUUGAUGUUAUUAAAAAUUGGAGCGUAUCAACAUAUAAAUGUACUAAACAAUUAAUCAAUGAAAAACUUGGAAAAUCUUCUAAAACUGUUGAUAUAGAAUUGGAGACUGAAAUUGAGCAAUUGAGAGAAACACAAAAAAAAUAUGGAAAUAUUUUGAAAUUAGCUAAAAGCAUGGCUACACAAUUUCAAUGUUUUAUUUUAACCCAACAAUCACUCGGUGAAGCAUUUGCUGAAUUGGGCCAAAAAUCACCAGAAUUACAACAAGAGUUUGUGCAGAAUUCAGAAACUCAGAAAUGUCUGUCUAAAAAUGGAGAAAGUUUAUUAAAUGCGCUCAAUUUUUUUGUUUCAUCAGUCAACACUCUGUGUAAUAAAACUAUUGAAGAUACAUUAAUUACUAUAAAACAGUAUGAGUGUGCAAGAAUUGAAUAUGAUGCUUAUCGUUCAGAUCUUGAAAUGUUAGCACAAAUUCCAAGAACAGAUUCUAAUACAGUUCGUGUCGGUGAUGCUCAGCAAAAUUACCAACAGCACAAAGAAGAAUUUGAAAAAUUACGUUCAGAUGUGAUUGUUAAGUUGAAAUUUCUUGAUGAAAAUAGAGUGAAAGUGAUGCAUAAACAACUUUUGAUGUUUCAUAAUGCAACAUUAGCAUAUUUUUCAAAUAAUCAUCAAGCACUUGAAACCACCUUAAAACAAUUCAAUGUGAAACCUAAAUCACCUACUGCUCCUUCAGUAGCUGCAUCAUGGUUAGAAAAAUAAUUAAACUAAAAUGGUGGUUCCCAAAUCUCUUUGUUUUACUUUAUUAUAAUAUAUUAAAAAUUCAA